AUGGCACCCAGCAGUUGGCGUGAGGGGCUGCAGGAGCCUGGGGGCCAGUGGCAGGAACAAGUCUUUUCCGACCCCAUGGAGCUAUAUGAGACAUCCCCCUACUUCUACCAGGAACCCCACUUCUAUGACGGGGAGAACUACCUGCCCGUCCACCUCCAGGCCUUCGAGCCGCCGGGCUACGAGCGGACUGAGCUCAGCCUGAGCCCUGAGGCCCGAGGGCCCCUCGAAGACAAGGGGCUGGGGACCCCUGAGCACUGCCUGGGCCAGUGCCUGCCAUGGGCGUGCAAGGUGUGUAAGAGGAAGUCGGUGUCCGUGGACCGGCGGCGUGCGGCCACACUGAGGGAGAAGCGCAGGCUCAAGAAGGUGAAUGAGGCCUUUGAGGCUCUGAAGAGGAGCACCCUGCUCAACCCCAACCAGCGGCUGCCCAAGGUGGAGAUCCUGCGCAGCGCCAUCCAGUACAUUGAGCGCCUGCAGGCCCUGCUCAGCUCCCUCAACCAGGAAGAACGUGACCUCCGGUACCGGGGCGGGGGCGGGCCCCAGCCAGGGGUGCCCAGUGAAUGCAGCUCCCACAGCGCCUCCUGCAGUCCAGAGUGGGGCACCACCCUGGAGUUUGGUCCCAACACCGGGGAUCACCUGCUCACAGCUGACCCCACGGACGCCCACAACCUGCACUCUCUCACCUCCAUUGUGGACAGCAUCACAGUGGAAGAUGUCUCUGUGGCCUUCCCAGAUGAAACCAUGGCUAACUGA